AUGUACACGCGAACGACAUCGCUGAUGCGGGGCCUCUUCUCGAGGAAGCAGGACAUGCAGUCGAUGGUGGAGGGCCACUUCUGGAGUCUCACACGGUACCGCAUUUUGCCGCGGUUCCUCGGCCUUGACUUCGCCGGCAACGUCAUCUUCUUUUCGGCUCACCGCAGGCAAGGCUUUGGUGGGUGGACAGCCGUCACGCUAGGCGCACCGGGUAGCACAAACUCGGGCUUUCUCAGCUCUGACAUGAGCGCUGUGAACGUACUCGAAGACGGCUACCCGCUGCACUACAAGGCGAGCCGCAAGCUGCAGGCCUUCGUGUCUCAAGAACGCCGCCGCUGGCAGACGAAGCAAGCGGAGGCGAUGGCGGCUGCGGCGAAGACCAAGGCUGACAGUCAGGCAGCUGCAGAGGCGACGAAGUCCACUGCGGAAACUGCUAAGAGCGGCAAGUCCAUCAGCAUCGAGAUCCCGCCGGAACACGUUGCGAGCUACGACGGCGACCAGCAGUUUCGCGACAUGCUUGCCAUCAAGUGUUCGCAGCCGCGCUUCUACACCAGCCAGCUGCGCAUCAGUCGUCUCGCCACCAUUACGUACAAGUGCAUCUACUUUUACCUCUGGGCUGUGCUUAUAUCGCUCAUCGUUCAGGGCUACCUCAUGUUUCGCGCCUGGGUAAACCCGCCAGCUCGCGAGGGGCUCAAGAACAUCGAGGAGCACGUCCUGCACAUUCCUCGGCUGCUUUUCUCGGGAUGCGUGUACGGGAUCGUGUGGCUUGUACGCACUGCGCAGCCAGUGAUUGACCCUGUCGUGAACUUCUUGACAGAGAAUUUCCCUCAGGUGAACUGGGGGGCUGCCUCUGCCGAGAACCUGGCAAGCCGGGCACAGCACCUCGCCGACGACGCGCACCCCAAGGCAAAGGAGCGGAAGCUGAAGGAGAUGCAGCGGCAGCUGCAGACCGAAGCAGAACGCCGCACGUGGUGGACGCGUGUCUUGAUAUUAUCCCUCGCAUCUCUCCAUCUGUGA